AUGGGAACUAGUAUUCAAUUUUCCAAAUAUGUCGGAGAUGAAUCAGAAGGUACUUCCACGGUCGAUUCCAAGCAAAGUAGCCCAAACAUUCUCCCGCGGAGUGAAGGUGUGGCUCCGUUGAAAGAUGCCAACAAGAACGACAUUCCACCCACGGCGCGAUGGACCAAGAUCGACCAGCUACUGGUUAGUCCUGCUGCUUUAGAGGCAGGUAACGAGCGAUAUGAGGAGCGACUGGGAUUCGUGAUCGUGCUGCGAGUUCUGACUAAGGAGGAGAUCCAGGCAUAUGCUCUAAAGACGGAGGAGAUUCGAGGUAAGCUUUUCCAAUUCGAGAGUGCGGCCAAAGGCUUCAAUAGCACAGAUAACUCACUUGAUCUUUUCCCAGAUGCCUGUUACGAGGGAUACGUUCGCGACAAGCGCCGGCGGAGGGAGGAAAAACAGCGCCAAGCCAAGGACCAAGAUUCAGCAGCUCGUGAGGAAAAGUGGAACGAGUCACGACAAGCUUUCGUGAUGGGCGAGGAAGACAAAGAAUCACUUCACUCUAUCUCCAUUGAAGACGAGGCUUCUAUGGGCAAGCGCUCGACCUAUGGCCACAAACAUCCCAUCGAUGACCCCUUGGUGGACGUCAUGCCCCAGGAGCCGUUAUUCUAUCCACCUGAAUAUAUAGGAGACGACCUAGAGGGUACCUCCAUGGUCAAUUCCAUGGAGAGAUCCCCCGAUACCCUCCCGAAAAGGGCAGUCGAUGCAAUCGCUUUACUAGAACACUCUCGAACCAACUUUGGUCCCGAGGAUCCCAACACAAUGGCCUACAUGGAGCAUGUCGUGGAGGUAUUUUGGCAACAUGGGCGACUUCGUGAGCUGAAGCCGCUUUUGAACGAAUUGCUGGAUCUCAAACCGAAACAAAUGGGCCCUGGAAAUGCUUCCACUCUCGCCCGCAUGGAUACUAAGGGACGGAUGCUCUUUACCAGUCGCAACGGGGCAUACAAAAGCCUUCGAAAAGGCGAUCACAAAAAGGGCGAGGAGCUUUUACUUGAUAUAGUUGAAGCUUCCGAGAAGCACCAGCACUCCCUGGCGCUCCGGGAAGCAAGCGAAUUGGCUGCAAUCGACCUUGACGGGGCCUACUUCGAGAACGGGGAGCCUGAGAAAGCAGAUGCCUUCAAGGACUUACAGGUGCGGGGGUUUUCCAGUGGAAAGUAG